UCACGCCGGGAGGCGGAGACGGGGCCGGGGCCGCCGCUGCCGGCUCAGCCCGGGUCCUCCCGGCUCUCCGCGCCCUCCCGGCUGGGCCUCCGCUGCCUCCUCCCUUCCCCGGGGGUCAGCCGGCAGCGAUGCGAGGCGCAGCCUCCUCUUCUUCCCCGUAGCCGCCGGCGGGCCUUUGCCCCGCAGCUCAGCCCCGGCGGCGCCUGAGGGGGCCCCGCCGCGGGGGUGACCCGCCCAAGGGGCCGGCCGGGCCCCCGGCGCCCCUCCCGCAGGGCUGAACGGGCCCUAACGGCCGCCGGUGGGGCUCGGCCUAGCCCGGCGGGGAGGCGUCUUCGAGGAGGAACCCCUCGGUGCUACCGCCGGCGGCGGGGGGAAAGCGGCCGGCGCCAUGUGGCAGAGCAUCGGGCUGACCUUGCUGGUGAUCGUGGCCACCCUGGCCUGCGUGCUGCUCUUCAUGCUGUGCGGCUGGUACGUGGUUUGGCAAUUGUUUUUGUCUAAAUUCAAAUUCCUGAGAGAAUUGAUAGGUGAUACGGGGUCCCAGCAGGGAGACAACGAGCCUUCAGAGCCUGAAGCGGAACAGGAGCCUCCACCCUCGCCUCAGAGAGGUAGACCGAAAUCUGCUCGGCAGCGAAGGGCACCUACAGAAGACACAACUUAAAGUACUCCAUGGAACUUCUGACUAACCAUGAAUUGUUAAGCACCUCUGCACUGUGUCGUUCAGUGGUUUGAUCUUACUGAAAAACUGAAUCAAGAGGUAAUAAAACCUGUGGACCUUUACUUCUGAACUACCAAGGUAUGCUACUUUGGUAGAGGUUCAGGGAGGGCUUCAGCAGCAAGUCAUAGAAUACUGGAAGAAAGGAAGGGUGGAGAGAAAUCUCCAUCAGAAAAAUGCUGAGCUGCUGUAGCUCCUAUCUCUGCACACAGAUUCAAAACAGGUCCUGGACCAUAGGCUUAGCCUUUGCAUUAGUCUGAACAUAGUAAACAUUUCAGACUUGAAAUGGUUUCUAAAUUAUUUUUUCUUUACAGCACUGUAACUGCAUAUAGUGAAAUUGAGUUUUAUUUCCUUAGCUAUAUAUGAAUAUAUAUUUUUUUCUUCAACCUUGAGAAUGCACAUCAACUUGGAAAACGGUUGAAAGAAUAUUCUGCGUUAGAAAGUAUUCUAAAGUGAGAUGUUAGCUAUGUUCUUAUAGAUAUAAAAAGUAUAAAUGAAAUAUGAAAAAUCAAUAUUAGAUGCACAUGAUUUGGAGGUUUUUAUUAUCUCCUUUUUUUUUUUAAAAAAGACAAAACAAGGAAUCAGGUGGUAAGACCUGUUUUCUUGGUUUUGGUGUAAGAAGGGUUACAGGUUAAACAAUCCUACUAGGUUUCUGUAGGUUUUUCCUGAACCUUUAACUCGAAGUCCAACUUGUGUUGGAGAAGGGAAGGUGCCUGGGUUAUGUACUCACUGUUUAGUAUUCUGAAGUGUCAUCUUUGGUUUUUGGAUACUAAGCACUUCUCUAGUUCACUUUGUACACCUUUACAUCGGGUCUAUGUACCUGACAUAUCCUCUUUCCUGAAACCAGUUAAGGCAUUCUGACCAAUUUGGUGGACAUCACUGUAACACUUUGAUAGUGUUAUAGCAAUGAAUUUGGUACCUCAUAUUUGCUGGAGGACUUACUGAUUUUUACCAGUAAUAAGCAGUUGUUCCUGUUUUCUUUGAGAGUGAGAUACACAGCUAUUUUGACGUUGCACUUCAGAAUAAAAGAGCUCCACUUCUCAUUAUCUACCAACUCGGGAAGAUUGAUGCAUGAGACUUUGGAAAGAGGAGGAACAUGCACGUACCACCUCUGAUGUGUGUGUGAGAGCGAGCUACCAGCACAUCUUGUCGACAGCGUUAGUUUUCUCUCAGAGCUUGGAUACGUGGUGGUGUUUGGAUCAUUGUUCCCUGUAUAAAAACUUUUAAACCCGACUACAAAAUUGGUCUUGUACUUUCAGCUGUUAAGAAGUUUAAACCUAUGACUCCCAAACUUGUGGUUUGGUUCAUUAUAUGGCUAAAAGCAGCAAAAUUUAGCUUUUUCAUCAAGUAGGCCUACUUCUGGGAAAAGAGCACUCUUUUAGUGCCUUUAUGUUUUAAUUUGUCACCUGUGAAUACUGUUCAAAAGCUAAUGAGAGCAUUCACUUCAUAAAAAAGAUUUGGAUGCUUCAGUGUUAAAAUAUGUAAGAUCAGCCCUGAGCUUCUUUUGGAGUCGAAAAGUCUUUGUUUUGUUUACUAGCAUGUAUGUAUAAACAAUGUGUAUUACAGGGUUACAUUUUCAAGCAGGAUUAAGCAGUGCUAUGCACAUAUCCUCUAACCACAUGUAGAAAUACUGAUAGCCUUCUUACUCUGUCCUGUCUGCUUGCAAGGGAAUGCCUAAUGAUGUUGUUUUGUGGUUUUUUUUUUUAAUUAGUAAAAUUCACAUUUAUUCCAACAGAGCAAAAGCAAUCAGAUUCUAUUCCCUGCUGCUGCUUUCAGCUGUUUGCCUUGCAUAACUUAUACAGACACAAGAAUAUUGUGACAUUGUCUUUUCACAUGAUGAGAUUUUCAGUUUAUCAGGGCUAACCAAGUACUGGUACCUUUUUCUUAAGAAACAUCUUGAGCAUCUUUGUCUUGAGCUUUGCUAAUACACGCUUACAAAUAAAGAUGAUUUUUUUUAAUUAUUUUUUUUUUUGUACUGACAUAGGAUAUUGACACUCCACCACACUUCACUUUUACCUAGACUUUAGUGUGCAGAAGAUGGCAGAAGGAUGAUGCUCGUGGUAUCACUGGCUGAGAUAAGUAACAGUUAGCUCAGUCUCUGCUUCUAGUAGGGAUGAAGAAAUGUGAAGUUAGAGCAAUACACGUAGCUCGUCAGGGUACCUCUAAAGGUGCAAGAAUCAAGGCUCUGAAGCAAGACAACGAAGGAAAAAUCCAUCUGGGUUUGAAUGCUGACACUGAUCAAACGCGCAAUAAAAUGGAUGUGGAACCUCUGGGUAUCUCAUCUGCUCUAGCCAAACAACUUCCUUCUCCUCCCUUUGACGUACAUAGAUGUACAUUUCACUCCCCAAAGUUAUAUUCAGUCAUCUUGGUUUUUUUUUUUUUUAAAACAGCUGAUGCUAUGUUUUUUUAAUGUUGCUGUGAUAUAGCUGCCAAUAAUGCUGUCUGCCUAGUGCAUAACUUUAAUGAUCUUAUUAGUAGCAGGCCAAAGGUUUGUAUUAUGUGGUUUGGAAGAAUUUUGGAAUGCUGAUGUCUUCUGUCAAUGCCUAAUUUUUCCUGAAGGAGUCUGUAGUAAAAAUCUUUGUACAGGGCACUUCUAGCAAACCUGUAAAAGUGAAGCUGUAUGUGUGAAAGUGUACUUGUGAUAAGACCUGGGUUGUGAUUGCUGGCAGUCCAAUAUACUCAUGUCUUUGAAUAUUUUUACCAAUGUACUUCUUAACCAUUACUGGUGGGUAAGCACUUAAUUUUGAGUUGUCCCAUUCAAGUCUGAAACCUUAUGAAGGCAACAGGUUACACAGUUGGUCUUGUUUUGUUCAGUAGGAUCUAUUUUUAAAACUGUUUCUUGCCUUACUGUUGCAACCAUUCUCUUGAAUGUAUUUUGGGUUCUUAUUUUAAAUACAGUCAUAUCACUUUUGUUGCAGGGGCUGUGUAACUGAAUAAGCAGUAAUUACCUAUGUUCUAUGUGACAGUUAAUUGAAAACAGUUACUGCAAUGAAGGCCGGAAAAAAACACAGUGUAGACUGGUGGAAAAAAUACAAAAGCUAUUGCUAAAAUUCGAGUGGUGUAAACAACUCUGCUCAUGCUGAAUUGCAUCAUUCAGACCUGUUAGGGAGCCACUAAAGUUACUAUCGUGGUGAUUUAAUGUUUGCCCAUGAGGCUAAUUCUAUGCAGUUCAUCCACUAAGCACUGCUGCUGUAGUUAUUUGCAGUAAAUGCCAUAUACUGUGCUGCAAUCUGUGGGCAACUUGCUGCUUAAUAUCGGGUUUUACACUGAACUAGACCUGUGUGUGUACUUCUGUUUCGUUUGGGAAUGACCAGCAUAAAGAACAUAUUCGGUGCGGUCAUUUGCUUCUUCAGUGUUACAAUACUGUACCUAAAGCUUCUGUGGUUGUCUGUUUUCAUCGUUAACUGUUCUUUUAACUGACUGCACAGAUGAAAAAUAAAGUAACCAGACUUGAUAGGAUUAUUUGA